GAGCUAAGAUUUACAUAAAAGUAUGUUGAAGUUUUAGAACAACUAUUGAAGCAUGUGUGUAUAUAACAAGAAGAAUAAUAACUCCAGCUAUCUUCCAUUUUGUAAUCUUCACUCCUCUCUCUAACUCUAACCUCCUUCUCCAUUUUUCACCACUCUCAUCUAAAACCUUCAGAUCAAUAUCUCAUUUUCUUAAAUGGCUUCUGUUUCAUAUGCACACACUUGAUUCAAAAUACUACAAAAUUUCUACUUAGUACUUUUUUUCAAAGAAGUUCUUUGACGAUGGGUAGAGGCCGAGGAAAAGGUAAGAAGCAAUCUGCUAUUAUUGAGGAUCUUGUAAGCGACGAAGAGGAUAAAGUACCAGCUCACAGGAAAAGAGGAAGACCGUUAAAACCGGUCACGGAUGAAAACGAAGACGUCGUUGAUGUAACUGAGAAGAUCGAAAAAGGUGAGGAGAAUGUAAAUGGCAAUGUUUCCAACAAUGAUUUGAAAACCGAGGUUAUCACCGUGAAUAAAAGGAAAAGGAAGAGGUCUUCCCAGGUGAAAGAAAAGAUAGAACCAAUGAAAGAGGAGAAUGGCAUCCGUGCAAAGUCUAGCCCUACUGAUUCAGUGAAGUCUACUGGAUUCCGACAAAAUGGAAGCAGGCGUAAAAGCAAGCCUCGCCGCGCCGCUGAAGCUGGCGUAGAUUGCAAGUGAGCAAGGUAUUUUGGUAAUAGUUUCAUGACCUUGGAACCUUGGUAUCCCAAGUCAGAGUUUGUUUGAUUAUAUAAGGCUUCUUAUGGCGGCUGCUGCUGCUGCUUAUUAUUAUUGUAACUUUCAUGUGCUUAUUUUAGUUUUGAGGCUUCAUAGUAGACUAUCCUUCUAUAGAGAUACUAUUGCUGAAAAAAAACUAUUGAAAUUUUGUAGAUAUUCUUUUAUCAUGAUGAGUUUGAUUUCCUCUUGCUUUCACAAA